UUUAAAACCCCAAAUCCCUCGUCACGUUUCACAGCCCAAAACUUACUCUCAUCUUCUCAAGAAACAAACAAGUCAUCACUUAAACCCACUCAAACGCAAAUGGCACGUACCAAGCAAACUGCUAGAAAAUCAACGGGAGGCAAGGCGCCGAGGAAGCAGUUAGCCACAAAAGCGGCGCGAAAAUCAGCUCCGGCAACCGGUGGAGUCAAGAAGCCGCAUAGGUUCAGGCCAGGAACUGUGGCGUUACGUGAAAUCCGGAAGUAUCAGAAGAGCACGGAACUUUUGAUCAGGAAACUCCCAUUUCAGAGGUUGGUAAGAGAAAUCGCCCAGGAUUUCAAAACAGAUCUGAGGUUCCAAAGCAGCGCUGUCGCUGCUCUCCAGGAGGCAGCCGAAGCUUACUUGGUUGGACUUUUUGAAGACACCAAUCUUUGUGCUAUUCACGCUAAAAGGGUUACUAUAAUGCCUAAGGACGUCCAACUUGCUCGUCGCAUUAGGGGUGAGAGAGCUUAGAGUUAUUUAAGAUUUAUUGUACUAAUUAGAUUUCCAUGAAUUUGUUGUAGGAUUUAAUAUCCAAAACGUGGAGAUGUAAAGGCUUUCCUUGGUAAAAGUAAUGCUAUUAUGGCAAUUUCAGUACUA